AUGUCCCGCCAAUUUGUUUCGGAGUACGUGGCGAAGCAGCUGCUCGGUGCACGCGUGCUGGACGCCGUGGCGGAUGCCGCCGCAGCGCCGGUGAUCGGCACGCACAACGGCGCGUUCCACUGCGACGAGACUCUGGCGUGUGGGCUGCUGCGCUGCAGCCAGCAGUUCAGCCCCGCCAACAUCCUCCGCACGCGUGACGCGACUGCGCUGGAGAAGUGCCACAUCGUUGUCGACGUGGGCGGCGUGUACGACGGGGUCGCGCUGCGCUUUGACCACCACCAGUCGUCGUUCCACGGCACCAUGACAACGCCAAAGGCGACGUACCACACGCGGCUAUCGUCGGCUGGGCUUCUGUACAAGCACUUCGGCCGCGGGAUCAUCCAGCGCUACGUGGAGGCUGCGCUCGCGUCGCCGUACCGCGAGCAGCUGCUCGAGGCGGGGAAUUGGGCGCCCAGCAAGAAGAAUCUGUCGGAGCAGGAGCUCGACACGCUCUAUGACAUUGUGUACCGCAACUUCGUCGAGCACAUUGACGGCAUCGACAAUGGCGUCAACGCAUACGGGCCUGCCGAGGUGGAGGGAGAAGGUAACGCGAGCGAAGCCAGCGCGGCUGCUGCGGCUGCCACGUCGUCGUUAUCGUCGUCAUGUGUGCGGAAGUACAGCGUGACGACGACGCUUUCCGACCGCAUUGGCCGUCUCAUGCCGUGGUGGAAUGAACCCGGCAAUGACAGCGCGGAGUGCGAGAAGGCCGCCUUCCUGCAGGCGAUGGAGCUGGCGACCUCGGAGUUCUUCCAUGCGGUGCACUACCACGCCUUUGCGUGGCUGCCGGCGCGCGGCAUCGUCGAGGCGGCUUUUCUCGACGCGACGCGGGUGCACGAGAGCGGCCGCAUUGUCGUCUUCGGCGACCGCUUCUGCCCGUGGAAGGACCACCUGCUGGAGCUGGAGGCCGAGCACGGCAAGGUGGGCCACGUGCUCUACGUUCUCUUCUCUGACAAGAAGAACUGGCGUGUGCAGGCGGUGCCGAAGGACGUGUCGGGAUUCGAGAACCGCAAGCCGCUGCCAUGGCGCGGGCUCCGCGACGAGGAGCUGAGCAAAGCGAGCGGCGUCGACGGUGGCAUUUUCGUACACCUCUCCGGCUUCAUUGGCGGCAACAAGACGUACGAGGGCGCGCUGCAGAUGGCGGUGAAGGCUUUGACUGUGGUGAACUGA